UUUAACUUGUCACUCGUCUCCACCUUCCUCUCUUUAUCUUCACCUCCUUCGUCCCCAUAGGGUUUAUCGUCAAGUCCUUUUGUCUCACAACUCUCUCUCUCUCUCUGUGUUCAUUUCCGUUCAUCUCCUAUUCUCUUGUUAUACUCUCUCUAAGCUCGAAACAUGUCUUCGUCCGCCGCUCAGAUUCACGUCCUCGGUGGAAUUGGAUUAACUACUUCUUCUUCAAAGAGGAAUCUCACUGGUAAAAGCAGUUUCAUACCAAGAAGCGCCUUCUUCGGCGCUAGAAACAGUCCUUUCUCUACCCCUACCUCCGCCUUCCUGAGAUUGAGAAGCAGAAACAACGGCGGCGCCUCUAGGUACGCGGUAGGUCCGGUGCGAGUGGUUAACGAGAAAGUCGUCGGUAUCGAUUUGGGUACGACUAACUCAGCCGUAGCUGCGAUGGAAGGAGGCAAGCCAACGAUUGUGACCAACGCUGAAGGUCAGAGGACGACUCCGUCCGUGGUGGCUUACACGAAGAGCGGUGAUCGGCUUGUGGGGCAGAUUGCGAAGAGGCAAGCUGUGGUUAAUCCGGAGAACACUUUCUUCUCGGUGAAGAGGUUUAUCGGUAGGAGGAUGAACGAGGUUGCUGAGGAGUCUAAGCAGGUUUCUUAUAGAGUUGUUAAGGAUGAGAACGGGAACGUUAAGCUUGAGUGUCCUGCUAUUGGUAAACAGUUUGCUGCUGAGGAAAUCUCAGCUCAGGUUUUGAGGAAACUUGUUGAUGAUGCGUCAAGGUUCUUGAACGAUAAAGUCACCAAGGCUGUUAUCACUGUGCCUGCUUAUUUUAAUGACUCACAGAGGACAGCUACUAAAGAUGCUGGUCGCAUUGCUGGGCUGGAUGUUCUUCGUAUUAUCAAUGAGCCCACUGCUGCUUCUCUGGCUUAUGGUUUUGAGAGGAAAAGCAAUGAGACGAUUCUUGUCUUUGAUCUUGGCGGUGGUACCUUUGAUGUCUCAGUGCUUGAGGUUGGAGAUGGUGUGUUUGAAGUGCUCUCCACUUCUGGUGACACUCAUUUGGGUGGCGAUGACUUUGACAAGAGAGUUGUAGAUUGGCUUGCUUCAAACUUCAAGAAAGAUGAAGGCAUUGAUCUUCUGAAAGACAAGCAAGCACUUCAGAGGUUGACAGAAGCAGCAGAAAAAGCUAAGAUUGAGCUUUCCUCGCUUACACAGACAAACAUGAGCUUGCCAUUUAUCACGGCCACAGCUGAUGGACCUAAACACAUAGAAACUACCCUCACACGUGCCAAGUUCGAAGAGUUGUGCUCAGAUUUACUUGACAGGUGUAAGACUCCCGUUGAGAACUCCCUGAGAGAUGCAAAGCUCAGCUUCAGUGAUAUUGACGAAGUAAUCCUUGUUGGUGGAUCCACACGUAUCCCUGCUGUCCAGGAAGUCGUGAGGAAGUUGACUGGGAAAGAACCAAAUGUCACAGUGAACCCUGAUGAGGUUGUAGCUCUAGGUGCUGCGGUCCAGGCUGGUGUUCUUGCUGGAGAUGUGAGUGACAUUGUGCUUCUUGACGUGACGCCACUUUCGAUUGGUUUGGAAACCCUUGGAGGUGUCAUGACCAAGAUCAUUCCAAGGAACACUACACUGCCUACUUCUAAAUCAGAAGUCUUUUCAACUGCUGCUGAUGGUCAGACAAGCGUUGAGAUUAAUGUGCUGCAGGGCGAGAGGGAGUUUGUUAAGGAUAACAAGUCUCUCGGCAGUUUCCGUCUAGAUGGUAUUCCACCAGCACCACGUGGAGUUCCACAAAUCGAAGUUAAAUUUGACAUUGAUGCCAAUGGAAUCCUCUCCGUUAGUGCUAGUGACAAAGGCACCGGAAAGAAACAAGACAUUACCAUUACUGGUGCCAGUACAUUGCCCAAGGAUGAGGUAGACCAGAUGGUUCAGGAAGCAGAAAGGUUUGCAAAGGAUGACAAGGAGAAGAGAGACGCAAUUGACACAAAGAACCAAGCAGAUUCGGUGGUGUACCAGACAGAGAAGCAACUUAAAGAACUCGGAGAGAAAAUUCCAGGUGAAGUGAAAGGGAAGGUGGAGGCCAAGCUACAAGAGCUUAAAGACAAGAUUGCAAGUGGAACGACCCAAGAGAUCAAGGACACCAUGGCUGCUCUCAACCAAGAAGUGAUGCAGAUCGGUCAGUCUAUGUACAACCAGCCUGGAGCAGGAGCAGGAGCAGGUCCUUCCCCUGGUGGUGAAGACGCUUCACCAGCAGAUUCAUCAAAAAAUAAAGAUGGAGAUGAUGUGAUCGACGCUGACUUCACUGACAGCCAAUGAGGAAAACAGAGUUAGGAUGGUUUUGAGUUCAUAUGUAACCGUUGGUGUAAAAACGCAUGAUUUUGUUGGUUGGUUGGUUGGGUUGGGUUGAGACACGCAUGGAUUAAGCAGUUCUUGUGAUAAAACGAUUAUUUGUCGUUAGAA